UCUGUAGAUGUAGUGUGUGCAAUAUGUGUGACUAACUGUAAUGAGGAUCUCAUAAGCAGUAGUAAAACCCUGUUGUGUAUGUUUAACAUUGUCGUGAGCUGAUAUAACAAUUCACUUAGAUUUGAGAUAGUUUUAUUUCUAAGCAGGCACGGUAUAUUGAUGCAUGUGUGCUGGGGAAUUUUGUCUUUUCCGACUGCAUUGAAAGGCAGCACACAGAUCCAAUCAGGAAGUUUCAUUUUGGACAAAUCGAAAUCGAAACUAAUAAGAAAACUAGCUGCGGUACAGGUACUGCACUAGCGUCGAACUAGGUGUAAAGAGCUUUUGUUUUUGGCAGAACACCGGUGUAAUUCGAAUUGACAAGGCCAAUUUUAAUUCAAGUUAGUUUUGUGACUUGUGAUGGAUACUGAAAAUUACGUUGCCAAAUUAAACGAGUACGUUCAAAGAGCACGUUCGGAGCUGAACUAUGAGGACAUCAGAACCGAUGGCCCGGAUCACAUUAAAACAUUUAGCAUCAGGGUUGUUCUAAAUGGUGUGGCAUAUCCAGAAGGUGUGGGGAAUAAUAAGAAGGAAGCCAAACAGAAAGCUGCUAAACAUGCUUUAGAACACAUCAUGAAAAAGAACGAGCAAGCGUCAGAAGCGUCCCUUGCGCCAGUUAGUUCAACAGCAAAAAAUUACGUAUCCUGGCUCUAUGAGUAUGGAGCGAAAAUCAAGAUGCCAGUCAAAUUUCAUGAAUCCACAAAACCUGGCUCGUACAAGCCGUUUCAAUGUAGAUUUUCGAUUGGGGAGAUUGAGUAUCCAGUUGCUAAUGGGACAUCAAAGAAGGAAGCCAAGGAAGAAGCUGCUAGGCUUGCAUAUCAUGAUAUAUAUGAGGCAUCACAGGUCUUAGAGUCCUUCACACGUCCCAAAAGUGCCAGCAUGGACUUCCCUCCAAACUUGGAAUCCUCUGGUGAAAAAAACAUGAUGAUGACCCCUCAAAGUAUUUCAGUAGAGUUUGUGAAGUCUUCUCCCAAGGUUCAGCGUAAAAGUACAGGCAAGAAGGUCAUAAGAAAAAUUGCAGCAAACUUUGGACCACAGGACGUAAACAGUAUAGAUUUCAAAGACAGUGAACCCAAUUCAAGGUUUGAAAAGGACUUUGACUGUAUAGAAUACAUAAAAAAAGGAGCCUUUGGCAUGGUUUUUAAGGCAAAACACAAGCUUGAGGAAAAAAACUAUGCUGUGAAGGUUGUCCAAUAUAAAGAAAAAUCUUUACGAGAGAUAUUGGCGUUAUCAGAAUUUCAUCACAAAAACAUCGUAAGAUACCACACAUGUUGGACUGAGGACGGUGCUUACAAAUCUGACAGUCCAUUACCCCAAUCUGCCACAAAUCCAUCUGGACAAUACCUAUACAUUCAGAUGGAGUUGUGUGACACCACGACCCUCCGAGAUUGGAUUGAUGAUAUGAACACUCAGAAUGUGGAGCCUUCACAAAGACGGGAAAGCUGUUUUGAUAUUGUACAGCAGAUAGUCGAAGGAGUCGAAUAUAUUCACGCCAAAACAUUAAUCCACAGAGAUUUGAAGCCUGCCAAUAUCCUGUUUGGGCUGGAUAAUACAGUAAAGAUUGGGGACUUCGGCCUUGUUACCUAUGAUAAUGAUGGGAUGGACAGAAGCUUGCACACAGGAACCCCAAAUUACAUGGCGCCUGAGCAGAAAGACAAGAUUGCUUAUGACCGAAAAGUGGACAUAUUUGCUCUUGGUUUGAUUUAUUUUGAGCUCUUAUGGUCCAUGAUUACAUACAGUGAAAAGGCAAAGAUUUGGAUUGAUAUCGGAAACCAGAAACUUCCUGCCGAGUUUUCAAGCCUUUUCCCCAUGGAGCAAAAAAUCAUUAAGUCAAUGCUUUCCUGGAAGCCAGAAGACCGGCCUGAAGCAAGUCAACUCAAGACCGACCUUGGAGAGUUUGCUAAUGAACUUCAAUUUGCCAAACAUAGAAAGACAGUCUAAUUAACACCUUGGCUGCCAUUGACAGUGAUUGAAGAACUAGAUCUGUUCUUCAAAUGAGCUGCUUUUACAUUGACCGCACAGUAACUAUUCCCCAAACUAGGGGAACAGAUCAACAAUCUUCUUGCUUCAGUGGUAUUUCCCAAAUUGACUUGUUGGCUGGCAUUGACAGCAAUAGCCGUCCAUUCUAUUUUAAAUGUGUGUCAUAAUGUAAUCUGACUGAGCGUUUAGCUGAAAGUUGGUCAUUUGAAUGAAAAUUGUGUUAAAAAGGAAAAAACCAAGCUAAUGAUUGUAAAAUAGCUUACUGCAAAGUCUAUUGCUGAAGUGUGCCCUUUUAAAUGAUUACCUGAGAUCCAUAAUGGGAUUUUUUUUUAAGGCAAUCGUUGGUAACAUCAUGAAGAAGCAGUUUGAUGGCAGUCUUGUUUUCCCAAGUGGUCAGGUGUGCAGCAACAAAUUGUCAAUAAUGUGCCAUUUUCCCCAUGACCCUCAAAAAGGAAUAAGCGAGGCAGAAAUGGAUGAAUCAUCCAGUCAAAAAAAAUCCAAAAACAAAGAAAGAAAAAUAAGACUACGAAAAUAGUCAUAUUAUCGCAAGAUUAAAGUCAUACAUUGUAAUAUUACGAGAGAAAAGUCGUAAUAUUACAAGAAAAAGUCAUACAUUGUAAUUUUACAAGAUUAAAAUAGUAAUAUAACGAUAUUAGAGUCGUUUUGUUGCUUAUUUUUAAAUUACUCUGUGUGGAAAUUGUUUGGUUCCACAGGCUCGACUUUUAGGGACAAGGUCUGUGUGAACACAAAACUGCUUUUGGCGUAAUAUAAUCAGAUUAAGGUAAUAUUGGGAGAAAAGGGUCUUAAAAUUACGAGAUCAAAGUCGUUAUGUACUUAUUUUUACCUUACGUGAACUUGUUGGGUGUCAGCGAUGUAACAUGAACACAAAACUGCUUUUCUCUUGCUGUUUUUCUGAUGAGUUAUAUUAAAGAUUAAGAUGUUGAUAUACCUUUUCUGUGUUUAUUUCAAGGGCGUAUGUUUGGUCUCAACAUUGGUAGGGAUGAUAUAACAGCUUAAUCUGCCUCUACACUUUUUGCU